UCUGAUCAGCACAUCUCGUAGAUUCGAGGGAGACGGUGAAUUUGGGCACUCGAAGAUGUCGCAGAGAAGAUGGGUUGGGACUGCUUUUGUGAUUUACCCUGAAAUUACGUUACCUGAUCCGAGAUCUAUCUCACUAGACUCGCAGUUGGAUUCGAGCUACCUUAGUUUCAAUAGGUUUUGGAGGAGCUCGCCUAAUUACCUAGGCGAUGGUGUUCCUAAGAUAGAGAAUGAGAGUUUUGACAUUGAGGGGUAUUCAGACUCGGUGAAGGCCAAGAGCACGUCUUCUUCUUCUAAUAAGAAAGGAUCGUUCUAUGAUUUCCUUCUUCUUAGACCUGAUAACUUCCCUAAAGAGCUUCUCGGAGAUACACCAAGAGAACGGCCUGUCAAGAGAGCUAAGUGGAGUCAAGAUGCAGAUUUGCACAAGUUGGAUGUGUUUGAAAAGCUUGAAGCUCAGUUUCUUAAGGCUCAAGGUAAGGAACAGAAAGAAGAAGGAGAAGAUGAUGAGGAAGUUGUUGAGGAGGAAUCACAAGGAGAAGAAGAUGAUAACGGAGAUUACAAUCAUAAUCAAGACUUUGAUGAUGAUGAUGAUGGUGAUGACGACGAUGAUGAUUAUAAUCAGGCAGAUGGUGGUGGAUUUGAAGAUCUUCUCUAAGCUACUUCUCCCCCAAGCUUUAGGUUUUUGGUAAAA